GCAAUGAUGGCCACUUACCAAAACCCCGAGGAUGACGCAAUGGCCCUGAUGGUCCACGACACCAACAUGGCGAAGGAUAAGGAGCGACCCAAAGAGGAACCGGUCCAGGAAAAAGUUUCGGAGAAAACGGACCCGUCUCAAAAACCACCGUAUUCGUAUGUGGCUCUCAUUGCCAUGGCCAUUCGGGAGAGCACUGAGAAGCGCCUCACUUUGUCUGGUAUUUACCAGUAUAUCAUAACCAAAUUCCCUUUCUACGAGAAAAACAAGAAAGGCUGGCAAAACAGUAUCCGGCACAACUUGAGUCUGAAUGAAUGUUUCAUCAAGGUUCCUCGUGAGGGAGGCGGCGAGAGAAAAGGGAAUUACUGGACCCUUGACCCGGCGUGCGAGGACAUGUUCGAGAAGGGAAACUACAGAAGGAGACGUCGAAUGAAACGUCCCUUCAGACCUCCACCGACCCAUUUCCAGCCCGGGAAAUCCCUCUUCGGCGGUGAUGGGUACGGCUACCUGUCCCCUCCAAAGUACCUGCAAUCCAGCUUCAUGAACAACUCGUGGUCGCUGGGCCAGCCGCCCACCCCGAUGUCCUACACCUCCUGUCAGAUGGCCAGUGGCAACGUGAGUCCCGUCAAUGUGAAAGGACUGUCCGCUCCCUCCUCAUACAACCCGUACUCCCGGGUGCAAAGCAUGGGUCUCCCCAGCAUGGUGAACUCUUAUAACGGCAUGAGCCAUCACCACCACCCGCACGCUCACCAUGCCCAGCAGCUGAGCCCCGCGACCGUUGCGCCGCCCCCGGUAUCCUCCAGCAACGGAGCGGGCCUGCAGUUCGCCUGCUCCCGCCAGCCUACCGAGCUCUCCAUGAUGCACUGUUCGUAUUGGGAUCACGAGAGCAAACACUCUGCGUUACACACGAGGAUUGACAUUUAG